AUGAAGAGGAGAACGAAGGGGGGGGAUACAAACGAUGACGAAGAGGAGGGGUGGGGAGAAGAGGAGGAGGGGUGGGGAGAAGAGGAGGAGGGACGUCAUCGCAGGGAAUGCUUUGAAGCCAUUAAGAAGUGCCUGGAAGCUUGUGACGGGGCAGAGGGGACGAAGGGGGCGGAGGGGGCGGAGGGGGCGGAAGAGGCGGAUGAUGCAGAAGGGACGAAGGGGCUGGAGGAGCAAGGUGGCAGCAGCCUGAGCAGCAUGGGUGACGAGCAGCCGCAAGAGACACACAAGCUUAUAGUCUUUAACCUGUUUGCCCUUGUAAGGCCUCCCCACCAGUUCCCUUCGCUCUUUGCUCGCAGCCACCCGUCCCUUUUCCGCCGGUUGCAACGAGCAGUUAGCCCACACGAGGUGAGUGUGAAGGUGGCUUUUGAGUCGACUCAAAAGUUGCUUCGCUCUUUGCCGCAGCCACCCGUCCCUUUUCCGCCGGUUGCAGCAAGCACUAUCAUGGGCGGAGGUGUCAGAAUGGAUGUGGCCGCUGCUCUUCCCCUGCCACCGGUGGGCACGGUGGAGGGAAGCUUCUCUGUGCCUUCCUCCCUGCGCUCUCCUGGUUUGUCCUCCUCCCACAUCCUUCAGGAUGCCUUUAGGUUCCAGUAUGCAGCGACUUUUGAGGCGCCGCAAAAGACUUCUGAGGGGCCUCAAAAGUCACCUGUGCAGUGCAGGGUCCGCAUUAUACCUUCUGAUGCAGUCACUGUCUCUCGUCUUUCCCUGCCCUCCUUUUUUCUCACCUUCGCUCUUUCCCUCGUUCCCUCCUUCCCUCCUUCCCUCCUGAUGCCCUCAUCCUAUCAGCUGCUCUUCCAGUACUUCCUCCCUCCUCAUUGCCAGCGAAAUGUGCUGCUCUACCAGUACUUCCACCCUCCUCGCGUGCUGGGCGUACCGCGUAGCCAGAACAAUGUGUUCUAUGUGGGCUUCAGUUCCAUGGGCAGGUGUGCUCAUGGUGAAGAUGACCGCGGAGGCGUUCUGUCUUCCUCAGACGCUGUUCUUGUGUAUUGUCCUUCAGACGCUGUUCUUGUGUAUUGUCCUUCAGACCGUCCUUGCACGGUUUUUGAAUGUUAUGGGUCUCCUUGCCCCCUUCCGUGGCCUGCUCAGCUCCUGCUGCGGGUCCUUAGGAACCUGAUCCGACCUCUUGCCCUUGGCGCGUGCCACCCUGCUUUGCUCCUGUCCACCAUCAUCCCCGCAGCUAACCUCAAUUUACAAGCCCCCCUCCACUCCUUCUGUCCCUCCCAUAACAGCAUGGGUCUUCUCCCCCGCCCUGCGUUGCUCCUCGCCACCAUCAUUGCCGCAGCUGAAGCCCUCAACCUGCGAGCCGUGGUCGUGACAAGUGGCGACAGCGCAUUGGAGGAGGCAGUCGCUGCAGUGUGCAGGGACGAAAAGCAGCACGUGCAGGAGCAAGAGGAGGAGUGGCGAAAAAGAGCAGCAGAUUUGGUUGCAAGGGGCAGAGGCGAAAUGCUGUCAGUGGAUGAGAAACGGUGGCUGUUGUCCCAGCGACCAUCCCAACCAGCACCACCCCCAAUUGUCAACCUCACCGCUCUUGCCUCUCGGCCUUCCCAGGAUGUUUGCGGGUGGGAUGGUCCUUGCCCUUCGGGGCCCUGUCUCUCACGAGUGGCUCUUCCCCCGCUGCUGCUUUGUGCUGCACCAUGCCGGCAGGUGGGUGGCAUGGGGUUGUGGGGGAUGGGAAGGGGGGAGGGAUGGAGGAGGGGUGGGGGAGGGGUGGGGGACGGGAGGGAGGAGGAUUGUGGGGGAGCGGUGGGGGAGGGGUGGAGAACGGAUGAUAUCGGGCAUUUCUGCAGUUGGCUGGCGGUCACCAUGCCGCCACCACAGCAGCAGCACUGCGAGCAGGGGUGCCCUAGCCCGUCGGUCCCUUCAUCCCCUUCACCCCCCCAAUGCCCAUAUCUGUACCUUCACGCAGCCCCAUGCACCCAUCUCCACCCACCUGCACCCAUCAGCGGCACCACAGCAGCAGCACUGCGGGCAGGCAUCCCUCAGCUCCUCUGCCCCUUCAUCCUCGACCAGCACUACUGGGCAGACCAGGUCCCUCCCUCCGUCCCUUUGCCUGCAUGUCUGCAUCCCCCUGCACCCAUCUCAACUUAUCUGUCUGCCCCGAUCUGUGUAUGCACCCCGAUCAGCGGCACCACGGCAGCAGCACUGCGAGCAGGCGUGCCCCAGCUCCUCUGCCCCUUCAUUCUCGACCAGCACUACUGGGCUCACCGCCUCUGCUACCUUGGGGUCGCCCCCCCUCCUCUCCGCCCGUCUGACCUCAUGCCUGUAGAGUCGGCGCACCAUUCACCAGCAGUAGCAACCGUCGUGAGUCGCUUCGCUGCUGCAUUGGGUGUGGGCAUGAGGGAGCGCGCACAGGAGCUAUCACGAGAGAUACAGACAGAGGUGCGUCUCUUGGAUGACUGA